UUUUUUUUCUGGUCCUUUUCACAAAUAGUCGCUAAACAAUUCCGAGAGCCUGCACGUCGCGUUUUGAAUAAAUUUGUUCAAACCGCAUCCCGUUCUUUGCCCUGCUGCGCCUGCGCAGAGACGCGCCCGGUGUGAAGAUUGUCCCGCUUUGCUCUCCGUCCGCCGCCGGGCAUUUCAGUGAGCGCGCAUCCCCGCGCCCUGGGAGACAGCAGCGAUGGCGUUUCUGUGUCAGCGGGACAGCUACGCCAGAGAGUUUACCACCACUGUGGUCUCCUGCCGUCCCGCGGAGCUGCAUACCGAAGGAAGCAACGGCAAAAAGGAAGUGCUGAGCGGUUUCCAAGUGGUACUGGAAGACACGCUGCUUUUCCCCGAGGGCGGGGGACAGCCUGAUGACCGUGGUACAAUCAAUGACAUCUCUGUGCUGAGAGUGACUCGCCGGGGCACCCAGGCUGAUCAUUUCACCCAGACACCCCUGACCCCUGGGACUGAGGUUCAAGUCCGGGUGGACUGGGAGCGGAGGUUUGACCACAUGCAGCAGCAUUCAGGGCAGCAUCUCAUCACCGCAGUUGCUGAUGAUCUUUUUGGGCUGAAGACAACAUCAUGGGAGUUGGGGCGACUCCGGAGUGUCAUUGAGCUGGAUAGCCCCUCUGUGACUGCAGAGCAAGUAGCUGCCAUUGAGCAGAGUGUCAAUGAAAAAAUCCGAGAUCGGCUGCCAGUAAAUGUGCGAGAACUGAGCCUGGAUGAUCCAGAGGUGGAGCAGGUGAGGGGCCGGGGUUUGCCGGAUGAUCACGCUGGGCCUAUUCGAGUUGUUACCAUCAGGAGCGUCGAUUCCAACAUGUGUUGCGGGACUCACGUGAGCAAUCUCAGUGACCUUCAGGUCAUUAAAAUUCUGGGCACUGAGAAGGGGAAAAAGAACAAAACCAACCUGAUCUUCCUGGCUGGGAACCGGGUGCUGAAGUGGAUGGAGAGGAGUCACGGCACUGAGAAGGCGCUCACGGCUCUGCUGAAGUGUGGAGCAGAGGACCACGUGGAAGCAGUGAAGAAGCUGCAGAAUUCCAGCAAGCUCCUGCAGAAGAACAACCUGAAUCUGCUCAGAGACCUGGCUGUGCACAUUGCCCACAGCCUCAGGAACAGCGCGGACUGUGGAGGUGUGAUCGCAUUACACAGGAAGGAUGGUGAUUCUGAGUUCAUGAAUAUCAUCGCCAAUGAGAUUGGACCAGAGGAGACCCUCCUCUUCUUAACUGUGGGCGAUGAGAAAGGUGCUGGACUCUUUUUACUGGCAGGACCAGCUGAGGCCGUGGAUACCCUGGGGCCCAGGGUGGCUGAGGUGCUGGAAGGCAAGGGCGCUGGGAAGAAAGGCCGCUUUCAGGGCAAGGCCACCAAGAUGAGCCGGCGGGCAGAGGUGCAGGCGCUUCUCCAGGACUACGUCAGCACGCAGAGCGCAGAGGAGUGAGGACUCGGGUGCCCCGCUGGUCCUCCAUUGACAGCGGGCCUCCUGAGACCACAGAAGGAGUCUCUUGGACAAUAAAAUAGUUUGACUUGAAAUGAUUGUGGUACCAUGUAUAUUUAUAUGACAAGUGAUGAAUUUAUGCAGUGUAUUCCAGUGUGCUUAUGUAGUCAGCAUCUUUGUGAAUAAACAGAUUUUUUUUUUUUAAAUUUUAUUCAAGUAUA